UCGCUCGUCUCUUUUACCCGUGUGUAGGGGUUUCAUACAGGGGGCCUCAGGACUUGGUCUUGUCUGUUCUGGGUGGCGGGGAUCACAGGUCCUUUCUAAUUUAGUUUUAUGCCGUAAUUAGUCAAUUUGUUUUAAAUUCAUUGGAACUACAUAUUUCCCUUCUUAAGUAUUGAAUCAUGAAGUGGAACCUAGUGUUCCUUGGGCUCCUCCUGACCUUCGGGCAGCUGUCAUGGGGGCAGAAAGGUAUGGACAUCCCUGAGUACGAUGGAAAGGACCGCGUUCACGACCUAAAUGCCAAGAAUUACAAGUCUGUGAUGAAGAAAUAUGACGUGAUGGUGGUGUACUACCAUGAGCACGUAGGAUCCAGCAAAGUCGCCCAGAAACAGUUUCAGAUUGAGGAGCUGGCCCUUGAGCUUGCUGCACAAGUCCUGGAGGAUCUUGACGAUGAAGACAUCGGACUCGGCCUAAUCGAUGAGAAGACAGACAAAGCUGUUGCAAAGAAAUUAGGUCUGGAUGAGGCUGACAGUAUCUACAUCUUCAUUGAGGACGAGGUCAUUGAAUACGAUGGAGAGCUUGCUGCGGACACACUGGUGGAGUUCCUCUAUGAUGUCAUUGAGGAUCCAGUUGAGAUCAUUGACAAUAUGCGGGAGUUGAAAGGUUUCCAUAAUAUUGAAGAGGAUAUCAAGCUGGUGGGCUUCUUCAAGAGUCAGAAAUCUGAGCACUACCAUGAAUAUGAAGACGCAGCAGAGGAGUUUCAUCCACAUAUUAAGUUCUUUGCCACCUUUAGUCCAAAGGUUGCUAAGUCUCUAGACUUGAAGUUGAAUGAAGUGGACUUCUAUGAGCCCUUCAUGGAUGAACCCAUCGUCAUCCCUGGUAAACCCUACAGUGAGAAGGAACUUGUUAAAUUCAUUGAGGACAAUGACAGGCCAACACUGAGGAAAAUGCAGCCACACAACAUGUAUGAGAUCUGGGAGGAUGCUCUUGAUGGUGAACAUAUAAUUGCUUUUGCUGAAGAGGGAGACCCAGAUGGCUUUGAAUUCCUUGAAAUCGUGAAGGAUGUAGCAGAGGAUAACACAGAAAAUCCCAACCUGAGCAUCGUCUGGAUUGACCCCGAUGACUUCCCUCUGCUUGUCCCGUAUUGGGAGAAGACCUUCGACAUUGACCUGUCCUACCCUCAGAUUGGUGUAGUGGAGGUUGAUGAUGCUGAGAGUAUCUGGUUUGAUAUGGAUGAUGGCGAUGACAUGCCAACAGUUGAUGAGCUGGAGGAUUGGCUGGAGGAUGUGCUAGAGAACAAAAUCGAUCCUGAUGAGGAUGACGAUGAUGACGACGAUGAUGAUGACGACGACGAUGAUGAUGACGACGACGAUGAUGAUGACGACGACGACGAUGAUGAUGAUGACGACGAUGAUGACGACGAUGAUGACGACGACGACGAUGAUGGCGGCGGCGGCGAUGAUGACGACGGCGGCGACGAUGAUGAUGACGAUGAUGAUGACGACGAUGAUGACGACGACGACGAUGACGAUGAUGAUGAUGAUGAUGAUGACGACGAUGAUGACGAUGAUGAUGAUGAUGAUGCGAUGCGAUGAUGAUGCGAUGACGAUGACGACGACGAUGAUGACGAUGAUGAUGACGAUGAUGAUGAUGACGAUGAUGAUGACGACGAUGAUGAUGACGACGACGAUGAUGAUGAUGACGACGACGAUGAUGAUGACGACGACGACGAUGAUGAUGACGACGACGAUGAUGAUGAUGAUGACGACGACGAUGAUGACGACGAUGAUGAUGAUGACGACGAUGAUGAUGAUGACGAUGAUGACGACGACGACGACGAUGACGACGACGAUGACGAUGAUGACGACGACGAUUAAACUCUUACCAUUUUACAUUUAUUAUCCAAACUAAAGUCUGUUUAAUUGCAACUGUCUGAAUCAUCAUCGUGAUAAAAUUCCUUCGUUAUUUUUUGUCGGAUAUCACGAGGUUAAAAAUGUCAUCAUUUAACUGUGACCUUCCACGCAUAUCUAGAAAUGCGCUCAUCAUUCUCUCUCCCAUUGAACCGAUGUUUUAUUCAAAGACCACGCUCUCUCUUAAACCUUCAGAUAUUCACUUACAAAUGUUGACAUCAGUUCUAAAAACCAAAAUCAUUAGCAAAAGAUGUAUUCCUUUCAGUUUGUUGCUAUCCAUUUCUUUCAUUCAUAAAGACAUACUAUAAUUGGCAGUUAAAUAACCACUAAUACAUUUGGAAAAAGGACCUGACUUUCAAACAUAAAAAUGUAACCAAAUAUGUAAGAUAGUCAGAGGGAGCAGUAAGACUAUUCUAAGUGUACAUCCAUCUGUUAAAUUUGUUGUUAUUGUCUCAAUGUUUAUUUGUAUUAAUAUGUGGAUGGAUUGUUUGUGCCACUGUGAUAGGACCUAAAGGUGCUAAGCAGGCUUUUCCUCAAGGUCAUUCGUCAUACCUUCUUUCUUUGUUAAGACAGGAUGUGACCUUAUGUGACAUUAGACAGAGAAGGGAUUGUCCAGCCUUCCUUCUGUGUCUAAAAAGUGCAGUAAAUCAUAUGUUUUCUACUGAAAAAAGAAACAUGAAUAUUUUAUUUUUUUCUAAUAAAGACAACUUGGUUUAACUCUUAAGUCUUAAAAUAAAAACAGAUUGGAAUAAA